CCGAAAAAGUAUAUGAAUGAAUCAAAACCCCUUUCGACAACCAAACUCUCUCCCUCUCUCUCUCUCUCUCUCUCCCCCCGAUGCAAAGUUGCAAACGAAAACAAAACCAAAGUAGAGAGAGAAAGUAACACUAAUUAGCAGAGAAGAAUAAGAGAGAGAGAGUAAUCAGAAUUUUCAAGAGAUGGAAUUCGACGAGCAAGAGGAGCAAGAAGAAGAGCUGUGUGUGCCAGGAGGAACGGGUUAUGACCCUAUUGGAAACCCGACCCGGGUUAAAAUGUCCGGUUCGGAACCCAUGUUGGUGGUUCAACCCAUGACCGUGAGGAACAACAACAACAACAACAACAGCAGCAACAUGGUGAAGCCAAAAUACAGAGAGUGUUUGAAGAACCAUGCCGUGGGGAUCGGCGGACACGCACUCGACGGUUGCGGCGAGUUCAUGCCCGCCGGCACGGAGGGAACCCUCGACGCACUCAAAUGCGCCGCCUGCAACUGCCACCGCAACUUCCACCGCAAGGAGACUGAGCUCGCCGGAGCAGGACCAGGAGGAGGAGGACCGUAUCUCCUGACUCACCACCCCCACCACCACCAGCCGCCGCCGUUUGCGGCCUACUACCGGACACCGGCGGGGUACUUACACGUGAGCGGGGGGCAGCAGAGAGCGGGAACGCUGGCUCUCCCUUCGACCUCCGGAGCUGGAGGUGGAGGAACAGCGCGGGAUUUCGAGCAGGAAGACGUGAGUGGCGGUGGCGGGGGCGGAGGAGGAGGGUCAUCAUCACGGAAGAGGUUCAGGACGAAGUUCACGCAGGAGCAGAAGGAGAAGAUGCUGGAACUUGCAGAGAGAUUGGGAUGGCGGAUUCAGAAACACGACGAGGGUGCGGUUCAAGAGUUUUGUAACGAGACGGGUGUGAAGCGGCAUGUUCUCAAGGUUUGGAUGCAUAACAACAAACACACCCUCGCUUCAUGAAAAGGAAUGUAUAUUGGGUGAGUUGGGUGGAUGGGAGAAACAAAGGUUGCUACUACUCAGGACUCUACUGCUACUGCUGCUGCUACUACUAUUACUGUUUAUUUCUUUUUUAGGGUUUCUUUGUGUUUUCUUAUUCUUCGGGGAUCGUAUUAUUUAUGUAUGUUGCUAGCUAGAGGAGUUGCCUUGUUUCAGUCAUAGGAGGGGGAUCGCACGCAUUGUACUAGAAUUAAUUAGAGCCCACGGAUUAAUAUUAUAAUUUCAUGAUCAACUCAACUAAUUUCUUUUCA